AAAGGUAAAAAGUGUGCAAAGAUAAUGAUAUUGAAGUGAUAUUCUGAAAAUUUGAAUUUUGGGCGACGCCUUCGAUCCUUCUGCGAAGGCUGCCGUGUCCAAAGUGGGGAAGCAGCGCGCUACCAAGGAAACAUGGAAACUAUGCCGAUCUCGUGGUGGCGUGAGGGUAAUAUCCAGUCAUGGUGGGAGCUACCGAGUAUUGCCCACUUCUGCUCACUCUUCAGGGCCGCGUUCGAUCUUCUUGACUUCGAUAUCGAGGAGUUAGAGGAAGCACUACUGACCGAUGGGUUGGAUGACACAGGGAGCCCACUGCUGGUGGAGCUGACAGUACGCCUGGUGCAGGGCUGUCUCCCGGGCAAAACAGUCAAUGCCACCAAUUAUCAGAGUUACUUGAGGAAGCUCUUCAAACACAGAUGUCAGGAGGAUCCUACCAGAGAAAAUUUAUUUGUGGAGGGGGAUAUGAGAUGGCUCCCCUUACGACGAAAAGUAGAAAUCCUUCAUGCCCUCUGUGACUUCAGAUUAGAAGCUGAAGAUGUUCUUGAUCUCUUAAAAAAUUUAGAAUCCGACAGUUUACGGGUGGAGCCUCUUGGGUACGAUGACACUGGCUCCACUUACUGGUAUUUUUACGGCACCCGACUCUAUAGGGAAGACCACUCACUCUAUCACCCACACAGACGGAAACCAAAGGAUAAAGACAAAGAAAAAGAAGAUAAAAGAAAAAAGAAACGGAAGAAAAAAGGCCACAAAAAUGAUGACACUGAUGAGGAAGCAGACACACCAAAACCUGUUUGGCAGGUUCAGUGUUUCUCUGAGGAGGACUGGAACAUUCUUGCAGAAAAGUUUGAGGACUGUGCAUCCAAGCUGGAGCGUAGUUUGUUACAGACACUUCGAGAAGACUUCCUCCCAGAGAUCCCACGGCUGUUCCAGGAGAAGGAGAAGAUUCAAAGGAAGCGCAUGAUGGAGUUUGCUCCAAGAAGAUCAUCUGGGCGGGUACAAAAGUUAAAAGAGAAAAGAGAGGAGGAGGAGAAGAAGAUGGCGAUAGAAAUUGUUGAGCAGGAAAAAAGAAGACAGUUGGAAGAAGAGAAAAGGAAGAAGAAGAAAGAGGAGGAAUCUUUGGCAGCUGAAAAAACUGAAAAGAAAAAUGUGCGUGAAGUUCUGAAGGAAGAAGUGAUACAGGAAAAAUCAUCACCGCCAAAAAUUAACAAGUCGCCACGAGAGAGAAAGAGAAGUGAAGGUCAUGAUAUUAAAUGUAGAGAAAAAGAGAAAGUGGAAACAAAAGUUGAAGUGAUUGAGAUUACUGAUCCAUCAGAUCAUAACGAGGACUCUUGGGAGGAACCAGUGAGAAAAGUUAGAAUGGGUCGACCAAGAAAGAAUAGUACAGAAGAACCUGAGGAAAAAGUUAAAAGUGGGCGAGGAAGAAAGCCGGGCCGUGGGAGAAAGCCAGGAAGGAAACCCGGGUCACACAAACAGAUUACAAGAGAAGAAGUCACGGAUGAUGAGGUUGAAGAGAGUACCAAGCCACAGGUUUACAGUGGACGAAAAACCAACAAUUCACUGUCAUCAGUGGCGUUUUCACUUAAUCAUGCUACAGUAGUGCCUGAGCCUGCUGUUACUAAUGUCAAUUCCGUCACAUCACCGCCCACCAAAAAGAAAGUGAAAAGUGCGCACAUGGUCUUACAAACGGAGGAUGACUUACGUACAGGUAUGUACAAAGUUCUUGAGCACCUCCGGGACCAUGAAGAUGCUUGGCCGUUUCAUGACCCAGUUGAAGAAGAAUAUGCACCCAAUUACUAUGCAGUUAUCCGGAGACCCAUGCACAUCACUAGGAUGGAGGAGCGCCUGGAUGCUGGGUUCUACUCCAAUCUUAAGAUGUUUGAGGGAGACUUCAAACUUAUGAUGGACAACUGUAAACUUUAUAAUGGUCCUGAGAGUGAAUACACACACAUGGCUUACACACUGGAGAAGGUGUUUGCAAAGCUCAAGGCUAAAUAUCUUGAAGCUGACCUGUCUUCUGAUGAAGAAAUGUACAUAGACAUGAGUUACCAGCAGGCAGCAAAGAGAAAGAACAAAAGAAGAAGUAAUAGUGAUGAAAAAGAAAACACUAGAAUAGAUGGAGGAAAGGUAACACCAAAAAAAAGAGGCCGCAAGAAAAAGAAAGUCGGCAGGAAACCAAAAGAGAAACAUUAUAAUGAUUUGAACACAACACCAGAGAAAGAAAAGGAAUGGAAGAAGAGUAAGUUUGGCAGAGAAAAAGACAAAGACAGGGUGAAGAAUAAAGACAAACCAAAGAUUGAUGAAUAUGAAUUUCGUGAUGACGACGAUGAUGAUGAUGAUGAAGAAGAAGAUGAGGAUGAGUUUGAGGAGCCUCCACUUCUAGUGAGGGAAGAUCCUUACCCUGAGGAUGAUGAAGAUAUGGAUGAAGAUGAGGAAAUGCCAGAUGAACCUCCUCACUCCAUUGUUGACGAUUCUCACAAAGAAGAAGAACCCGUAGUUGUUAAAAAUAAAGUGGGAAGACCCAGAAAAGAAGAUGUAAACAAAAAAGUGAGUACUGAUGCAGUUGAUGAUGAAGAGGAAGAUGAUGAUGAUGAUAUGGAACCUGACGUGUGUUUGUAUUAUAACAAUAUUGAUGAUAGAAGUGAUGAAGAAGAAAAUGACGACGAAAAGAGUAAUGCUGACUACUUAAAUGAAAGACAUAAUGAACUCUUUGGUGAAAUAGAUGAUAUAGAAGACGAUGAUGAUGAAGAAGAACAGGAGGCAGAAGAGGAGACAGUAGUGAAAUUAAAUGAGAAAACUAAACAUAAUCAUUCAGGGAAACAGGGUAAAAAGAAAAGCGGAUCGGUCAAAGAUAAAGAGAAAAAGAAGCACAAACACGGUGACAAGCAUGAGAAGCAUCACCACCAUCACCAUCAUCACCAUCACCACCAUAAAAGCAAAUCAAAAGAGGGAAAACAUCACAAGAAGAAAAAUAAGCAUGCUAUAGAGAAGGACGGAAAGAAGAUAUUGAAAGUGGAGGACGUAUACGACUACUCCGAUGAAGAGGAUCAGGGAGAGAACUUGGAGGAGACGGAGGGAGGCAAAGUUGCGGUGAAAACCAAAGAAGAAGUGGGUAAGAAAAAGAAGAAAAUCAAACAUCGAGGAAAACACGAGAAGCAUGGGAAGCACCAUGACAAACAGGACAAGCACGAGAAGCACAAAGAAGGGAAGGUGAAAGAGGGUAAGAAAGAAGGAAAAAAGAAAAACAGCAAGAAAAAGAAGAUCCCAGCAAAGAAUAUGGCAGCCAUCGAUGCCUUGUCUGCAGCGACGGAACAAACUCUGAAGGAUAUAACAACUAUGCUGGAUGAUUCCAACGUGCCACGCAUUAGUGAAUACUCCUCUGCCAGCAACUCUCCUUCCCAUAAGGUUACAGCUGAGGAAUUUGAGGCCAUUGCAUACAAAAUUGAGGCUGAAUAUAGAAGAAAAUUGAUGAUGGAUGAACCCAAGGAUAAAGAUAAGAAGGCCCACAAAAAGAAGAAAAGGAAAAAUGGUAAUGGAGGAGACGGAGAAGAAGAACCAAAGAAGAAAAAAUUGAAAAAGGAGAAGAAGCCAGAAAAUGAAAAGGAGAGUUUAGAUAACACAAAAGAACUCUUUAAAGACAUUAAGGAUGGAAGAAUAAAACCAGGAGCUAUUAUUAAAUCUAAAGAUAUAGCUAAGAAAGAAGGUGUUGUUAAAAAGGAAACCAAAAGUUCUUCAGAGGGUAAACCAAAACCCAAAACCAACCCUUUUGGUAAGAUCAACAAGCAAGAACAUUCAAAGUUGACCACACUCAUAGCAAAAGCCAAAGAGUCACGAAUUGGACUUGUACCAAACAGCGAGGUAGGGGAUAGUCCCAAACUUAGUCUAGGCAGUAUUAUCCUCUCAGGUGACAUUGGCACAGGUAUGAAGUCAUCUCAUGAAGCUAACAGCACUGAUGAAGAAGAGAAAUGGGAAUCAAAAGAGAAGUGGGAUAGCCCAUGGGAAAACAGGUGGGAAAAGUUACCAGAAAAGGAAGAAAUUCCAUCUGUUAGAGAAGAAGAGUUAAAAGAAGAGAUUCCAGAGGUAGAUGAUUUCCCAGAAAGGAUGACUGAGGAGCCACCCCCAACACCCAGGGCUCCUGAGAUUAAGCAAGAAAGAGCAACGCCUAACCUGAGUGCUUGGUUUAAAGCAUUUGGCACCCCCAAGCUGACUUCUGCUGGCCCGAAGAAAAUGCCAGAUGACCAGAUGGACAGUCCUAAAGAAAUGGAUGAUUCAGAAAUCAUUAAUGUUGAUGAUGAGGGUGAAGUAGAGGAGACUGAGCCAAUUGCACUGGAUGAACCACCACCCUCCCUGCUGCCACCACCAAGUCCUGAACCUCCAGUGUCUCCCGAGCCACCAAUCUCUCCAGAGAAACCUCCGGAGACCCCGUGGUAUGAAAAGCUAGAUGAGAAACUGGAAGAUGAACCGAUCUGGAAGAAAAUGAAGAUGGGAGACCAAGAUUAUGAGAUUCGGGACUGCAGUAUGCCUGAUGAGGAAGAUGACCCUUACAAGUUUGAAGAGGAAGAGUUAGAUCGUGCUCGAGAAGAAGCUAAAAAACUUGAGGUUGAGCGACAACGAAAGGCCUCGGUGUCAUCUUCGGGUGUAUCUGACCGCUCGCCACUCAAUCACAGCUUUGAUUCUGAUCGAUCUCCUGCUGCAUUCUCAUCGGAGGGUGAACGCUCACCAAUGACUCGGUCACCCCAUACUCCAGGAUUUGGUUCUAAGCAAUUUUCACCAGUGCCAGAAAAGUCCCCAAGUGUACCUGCAUAUUCUCCAAGAUAUGAAACUUCCUUAUCAAAACCAUUCCCAUCAUAUGAUCCAGAAAAAUCCAAAUAUCAGGCUAAUGGGGCUCUAAAAGUGGGUUUCUACCAAGACAUGACAGACAAACCUAAUACUGACAAACCAGAGAAGAAGACUGUGGAACAAAAACCAGCCGAGUCACCAGUUUACAGUCCCACUGUGCCAUACAUGAGUUCCUUUUAUCCCAGUAAAGCUGAAGCAAGCAAAAAACAAAAAUCACCUGCAGGCUAUGCAAGUUUUUAUAGCUCAUCUGAUUCCAGUUUAGACAAAGCAAAAACUCCCCGUUACUACUCAGCUUCUGCUCCAGCCACACCUACAGACAAGCCAUCCCCAGCUUCAUUAACAACUGACUCUACUGAAAAGCCCAAGCCACAAUAUGGUUACUACUCAUAUGACACAACCAAACCCUUAACAGAUCAGUACAAAAAUACUGGAUCUGUACCACCUCCUCAGUCACAAAAGAAGCCACCAGGAUAUUAUAAUGUUCAAGAUGGUCCAAAGAAGCAGCCUUCUUUAUCCCCAGCUGCCCAACCUGGUCCAUUAUCUAGUGAUUUAGCAUCUCCUGGGCAGGUUUCAAUACCAACACCAAGCCCAGUUGUGCCCAGUAAAUCUGAAAUGCAACCUCUUAAAAAGAGAGCAGCUAUAGAUCGCAGUAGUCAAGAUUUCCCUCCCAGUACAUCAGUUCCAGUUACAGUUCCAGUUACAGUUGGAGUGGAUGCCACAGUUGGUGGACCCACACCACCCUGGACAGAACCAAAAUCUGUAGAGGAUACUGUAAGUACAAGUAGCACAGCUCCUCCCAAUGUAACAAUACCAUUUUCUCCACUUCCUUCUGCACUGCCUGCCAACUUGGCCAAUUUAUCCCAGAUUGUAUCCCGCAUCACUGAGCCAGAAGCUAGUAGGCCUACUGCUGAAAAAGAUUCAGCCAAAACUCCUGCUGAACCUCAGCUAGCUCCUUCAACAUACCCUACUCCUGACACUGCUGUAGGGAAGGCUUUGCCAUCUCCUAUGUUUGGUGUAACUGGAGGACAAACUCCCACACAAAGUCAGGUUAUAGAUUUAGAACGUAGUGGAAUAAGUUCUGUUAAUGAAUUAAGUGAUUUGCAUCCACCAAGUUUAUCUGUUGUUGCAAGAGUCUCACCAGCUGAAUUGGCCCAGCAAUUAGAGGCAGAACAACUCCAGGACAGAUCAAUGCAACCAAAUUACCAUCAGCAGAUUACCAGCCCACACAUGCAAACUCAGCCUGGUCUUGCCUCACCACAACAGUUGUCCAAAGGUCCACAAACUCCUCAGUCCCAAUUACAUAGUGGUCCACAGCCUCCAGUAGCACACCAAAAGCCCACAGAGGGUACUCGUCCUGCUAGCCGUGACUUGCCACCUGCUCAUGCCACUGAUAAGUCACACAUGUACCUGCAACAGAAGAGUAUGUGGGGUACCAGUUUGGCAACUAGCUUGGCCUCUAGCCUUGCUUCCAGCUUGCCAUCAAGUAUUGUCACAAGUUUGGCAACAAGCUUAGGAACUAAUUUAGCAACCACUUCAGUAAUUGCUUCCUUGCAAAAAAUGGGAUCCUUGCCAGCUGAGCGUCUCACUCAGGAUCGACUGGCUCAUGAACAUCUAGCUCAGCUCGAUCGUGCAGCUUUUGCUACUCUUGCCAGUCGCUCAGGACAAGCAAAUUUAUUUUCUCAUGAUAUUUUGCAGAGAGGGUCAGUUAGUUCCGGACAGACUCAGGUAGGAAGUGGGUCAAGCAGUGGAGGGUCUUCAGGGGGAGGUAGUUCAACUGGAACUCCAGCAUCAACAGGUCGAUCUGCUUCUAGUUCUGGUAGUGCUGCAGGAGGAUCAGCAACUGCAGUCAGCAAUAGUGUUGAGUUAGGUAUUGGACGUUCAUAUGCCAAUAUGAUGACAGGACAGUCAUCUCCGCUAUUUGGCCGUGGGGAAGGUGCCCUCACUCCAGGCUCUUUACCACGUCCGCUUUCUGGCUCCUCUUCUCCAUUCUUACCCCAGUCACCAGGGUUAAGUGCAGCCUUAGGUCUACCAGGAGCACCACGUACUCCAACUCCUGCUCAUCAACAGUCGCAUCAAAGCCUGUCUGGGCUCAGUCAGGGUACUUUCCCAUCCUUAUCACGGGACCCAAGGGACCCCAUUUCUCAGUCCCAUCCAUCUCUUCAGAUCCCCAGUCUUAAUUCUAUAUCCUCAACUCAAGCACAGACUCUCAGUCACCUUAAUGCUGCCAGUCUAGCAUCAUACUCCGGACGAGAUUCUUUGGCACUUAUGAACCAAGGUGGCCGUGGGACACUAGCAAGUGGUCUAGUAGAUCCCACGUCUCAGCUUUACCAGCAGUACCUUACGCAGCGGCAGGCCCAAGAGGAGCUGCUGCUAAGGUCAGCUGGUGCCCACCCCUCCCAGUUGGCUGCCCACCAGUCCAUGAUGCUCCAACAGGGGCUCAUGAGUGCAGCUGGCUACUCAGGCUACCCUCCCUCCCUUGGCCUCAGACCAGGGUCAUAUCAAGGUAUGAACAGACCUUGGCUCUGAAGUUGUAAACCCACCUCAAAACUGCAGGCCCACUAUGGCUACAAAAAGGCCCAUCUUGUUAUCUGUUGAUAUGUUUGGGUUACUUUUAUCCCAAGAUUCCUGUGGUUUUGUUUAGUUUUCCUGUUAAGUAUGGCUUGCAGUUUCAAUGCAUCAGCCAAGUGCAAUAGGUUAAGUUCUUUUCCUUUUUCAAAUAGAGAACUAUUUUUAUAUUACUUUUAUCAGUAUUUAUAGAAUAUUUUUAUUUAUUUACAGUUUUGAAGGCAUUUUUUUUAAUACAAAAUGUGACCCUGUUAAAAUUGUUUUGUUGUGAUUUAAAUAUUAUGCAAAUAGAGGGAAAUGUAUGCUGCCAGUAAAAAUUUUAUUGCAAUAUUUUAUUGUGCCACAUGCAAUGUUGGCAGCUGGGUUUAUCACAAAAUGGGGGCUUAUUGUACAAAAUUGUGAUUUAAAUAUUGAAUGACUUAAGUUUAAUAAUUGAUGUUUUAAUAGCAGCUCUUAAAUUUAACAAUGUACCUGGUGGGAUGAUGCGGUAAACAGCCAAGUUUGUUCUCAUGUAAAUUGAUUGACUUCUGGGAAGUUUACUUCAUAAUACUCAAUACAUUAUUAUCUUAUCCCUAAAAUGUACCUGAAAACAACUGGAAGUGUUUUUGUGUCAAUGCGCCAUAAGGGACCGGAGCGUAAGAUAGCGAGUGUUAUGCAAUGAAUUACCCAAAGUUGGUUAAAGCUGGCUUGUGUUGGAUCUCAUUUUUCUACCCACUGGAAUGGCAGGUGUGGGGUGUGAGUCAACUAGUACAAAACCUGCCUAAGGGUGUUGUCUACCCCUGGUGGCCAGCUAUUACUGUUAACCUGAUGUUGUGUUGUGGCUACCCAGACCUUGAGAGCCUGAGGGUCCAGGGACUACUUACCUUCUCCACUCCUUUGCAUAAUCUAAAUAAACCCCAAAUUGCGAGAUAUUUUUAAAGAGAUACAUUAUACUGUACUGUAUAGGGUUCUGCCUUUCCUGCAACAUGCAUAAUCCAAAUUAAUGUAACAAUUGGUGAUAUUUAUAGUACAGCUUUCCUUGCACAAGAUUAAAUUUCUGAAUAGGGAAUUUUUUACACUUUGCCAUUAUCUUAUAAUUAUUUCAACUUACCUUAUAGUGAAUUUUCAGUUCACAAAUGACAAAAUUCAGUCUUAAAUAUGGGUGGUUUAUGGUGAUUAACUAUCAAUAUAGUAAGGUAUAUAAGUGUACUUCUCAUUCUGUGUCUCUGUCCUGUGACCACAACUUCCCAAGGUCCACAAUGAUAAAUUGUUUUUUUUUAAGUUUUAUUAUAGCUUAAACGGGUAUUGGGAAAGAUCUGUUAAUACCACAAUGUCAGAAUAUCAGUGUUAGUACCACUGCCUGUCAGUACCAUAGCUUGUUAGUACACCAGACUGCUAUUACUACAGUUUGUUGGUGCCAAAAAAAAAAAAAAAAAUUACUUCCAAACCUUAACCCAAUUUGUCAUAUUGAAUCUGUCUGUACCACAGUCUGCAUUACAAGUUUGAUAUGACCAGUGGGUAUAGGUAACCUUAAAGUACUGAUGCCUGUCAUCAUCAAACUGUGUGUAGCUCAGACUUGGAUACCACUGUUGGUCAGUACCAAGAUAGUGUCCCACCGGGGGAGGGGGGGGGGAUGUAGCUGCGGCAUGGGGUGUACAUAGCCUAUUUUUGAACUAUGUGUACAAAUUAGUGAGACUGUAUAUAAUAUGUAUAUAUAUAUAUGACAAAUAAGAAAUAAAUGCUGUUUCUAUACAUACA